CUUCAUUAGAACGCGUGUAUUCUCAGCAUACAGCAAUGUAAUCGAAUUUAAAAAAUACAAGCCAAAAGCAAGUUUCGGUGAUAUUACUACUGAUACUUCCUGAAGUUUUAAAACAGUUCCUGAGACAUGGAGAACGGAGUUGCGAAAGUUAGUGAAAUUUUAUGGACUCAAGGGCAAUAUCACACGCCGUCUAUUCCCGAGAUGAUAGAAAAAGAGUCAGAUCAGAUUUUCACAAUUUUCAUUUUCGUCAUUACGGCCAUACUAUGUGUGGCUGUUCUUUUCAUCAUAGCAAUGUUUUUUGAUUGCCGUAAGCCCAAGGUACCGAUCUAUCGAAGGAAGAGCAAAAUACUGAAAUUUAGGUUGCCCAUACCUCUUGUUGGUGGAACAAUCCAAGAAGAAGAUGAAGAUACAAUUAUUAAUGAUAGAACAGAGUCGGUAGUUUAGCAAUCCAGAAAACACCAAGAACUUUCUCCAAAAGUGAACCCUACAGAAAAUUAUGGGGAUAAUCAAGACUCAAAUAUUUUUUAAUAACGACCUCUGUGAAGUAGAAGGAACAUUUAUGUUGAAAAUUAGGACACAUCAUUUUUUAAAUUUAAACGUAAAGCUAUGUAUUUUAUAAGUAGUUCUUAGAUGUUAAAAGUGUAAGGGAAUAAACACG